UAUAAUGGGACUGCGUUCGUGUGCACAGUUGGUAGUAGUCAUGUUGCAUCAGGUCAGCCUGGAUGCUAAACGUUUUCAUAAUCACACAGAUAGACAAAUGUUUCCUUUGUAUUUUAAUAGAGUUUAGUAAAUUGUUUGUGUAUCAGUCAGAGGGAGGUGUGUGUCUCUCUCUCAAAGGGAGGAGUGUAUUGACUUUGUUCAAGUUGGAGUCGCAGUGACGCGCCGCGGACCCGCAGCAUCUGCAGCGCUAGUGAGUCAUGGCUCAUAGUGACGGCUGAACUACUGCUGGCAUCUCGCACACAUUUAUUGUCCAGUAGUUGAUGGAGUGUGUGGUGUAUUUGAGGUCAUGGCCACGGGCUCGUCCAGAACAGACUGUAGCAAUAACGUCAGAGAGCUGCACGCCAUCGUUUCAGGUGCCAAACUCAAGAGGAAGAAGAACUGGUUUGGAACAACCAUCUACGUGGAAGUGACAUCAGAUGAAGAAAGCAAGAAAACCGCCAAAUCCCACAGCUCUUCCCACCCCAAAUGGGACGAACGCCUAACUCUGAAUGUAACGCCUCACUCGCAGCUGGACUUCAGAGUCUGGAGUCAUCACACACUGAAGACAGACACUUUACUGGGAAAGGCCUCCCUGGACCUGAUAGAGAUCCUUCGCAAACAUGACGGCAAACUGGAGAACGUUCUGGAGGUCUUGACUCUGACUGCGGAUGGUAAAAAUGGAGUCGUGUCCACUGGUGAACUUACAGUCUUUCUUGACGGGCUCUCGUUUGAAGCGCAGCACUUGCACAACGGAAACUCGGCCGCUGCGAGCAAAGUCCAUCAGAAUGGAGAUGCUCUUCAUGAUGACACGGAUGAGAUUUCUACAAGGACUCAGAACAGAUCUGUGAGCGCCACGGGCGAGCCAGAGACUGAAGCUCCACCCACAUCAUUUGCCAACAGUGAAUUUAGUUCCUCUGUCCUUGUCAAUGGAGAUGGAGACGCAUCCCCUCCAUACCAAACUCCCAGUCCAAAGACCACACCUGCCAGCAGUGAUGUAAACAACGCAGCUGUGAAUGGAGAGAGUUGUGAGGUUUCCUCCACAGGUGUUGAUGAUGCUCCUGCAGAUGUUUCCUGUAUCAUCUCCUCCUCACCUGCAGCUGCCAUCACUGUUGCCUCUUCAUCACCAUCCUCUUCGUCAUUGGCAGCGGGCACCGCACCGAUGGCUGCCUCCAACCCCGUCCCUGAUGAAGGAAAACCACGUCAGCAGCCCACGCCGGCUGGCCCAGAACCACUUCCAUCCGGAUGGGAACAAAGGAAAGACCCUCACGGAAGAACUUACUACGUUGAUCACAAUACGAAAACAACAACGUGGGAGCGACCACAGCCUUUACCUCUGGGUUGGGAGAGGAGAGUGGAUAACCGCGGCAGGAUCUAUUAUGUGGAUCAUAAUACUCGCACCACCACAUGGCAGAGACCCACGAUGGAGUCUGUGCGAAACUUUGAGCAGUGGCAGUCACAGAGGAGUCAGCUACAGGGAGCCAUGCACCAGUUCAACCAGAGAUACCUCUACUCGGCGUCCAUGAUGUCAGCUGAGAACGACCCUCUCGGUCCGCUGCCCCCCGGCUGGGAGCGGCGUGUGGACACCAAUGAUCGUGUUUAUUUUGUCAAUCAUAACACAAAAACGACGCAGUGGGAAGAUCCACGAACACAAGGGCUUCAAAACGAGGAGCCUCUACCCGAGGGCUGGGAGAUUCGUUAUACACGAGAAGGCGUCCGCUACUUUGUGGAUCAUAACACUCGUACCACCACCUUCAGUGACCCCCGGACAGGAAAAUCUGCUGUCACUAAAGGUCCGCAGAUUGCAUACGAGCGAAGCUUUAGGUGGAAACUGGCUCAUUUCCGUUAUCUGUGUCAGUCUAAUGCGCUCGCCAGCCAUGUGAAGAUCACCGUAUCCAGACAGACACUGUUCGAAGACUCUUUCCAGCAAAUUAUGAACUUCAAGCCUUAUGAUCUGAGAAGGAGACUUUAUGUCAUAUUUAGAGGAGAGGAGGGCCUUGAUUACGGGGGUCUCGCACGGGAAUGGUUUUUUCUUCUUUCACAUGAGGUGUUGAACCCCAUGUACUGUCUCUUUGAAUAUGCGGGCAAGAGCAACUACUGUCUGCAGAUUAACCCGGCAUCCACCAUCAACCCUGACCAUCUGUCCUAUUUCUGCUUCAUCGGCCGCUUCAUCGCCAUGGCGCUCUUUCAUGGGAAGUUCAUCGACACAGGCUUCUCGUUGCCCUUUUACAAGCGCAUGCUCAAUAAGAAACUCAUCCUGAAAGAUCUCGAGUCGAUUGAUCCUGAGUUCUAUAAUUCUCUCAUCUGGAUCAGAGAUAACAACAUUGAAGAGUGCGCUUUAGAGAUGUACUUUUCAGUUGACAUGGAGAUUCUGGGUAAAAUCUCAUCGCAUGACCUGAAAGCAGAUGGUGCCAAUGUCCUGGUGACCGAGGAGAAUAAGGAAGAGUAUAUUGGGCUGAUGGCAGAAUGGAGGUUUUCUCGAGGUGUUGAGAAUCAGACCAAAGCAUUUCUGGAUGGCUUCAAUGAGGUCGUUCCGUUACAGUGGCUACAGUACUUUGAUGAGAAAGAGCUGGAGGUGAUGUUGUGUGGCAUGCAGGAAGUGGAUCUUCAGGACUGGCAGAGGAACACAGUCUAUCGUCACUACACGCGCAACAGCAAACAGAUCAUCUGGUUCUGGCAGUUUGUAAAGGAGGUGGACAAUGAGGUGCGUCUGCGUUUGAUGCAGUUUGUGACGGGCACCUGCAGACUCCCAUUAGGGGGCUUCGCUGAGCUGAUGGGAAGCAACGGCCCGCAGAAGUUCUGCAUUGAGAAGGUUGGCAAAGAGACGUGGCUGCCCAGGAGUCACACCUGUUUUAACCGACUGGAUUUGCCUCCGUACAAAAGCUUCGAACAGCUGAAAGAAAAGCUGCUCUUUGCCAUCGAGGAGACUGAAGGAUUCGGUCAGGAGUGAUGAAAGACUUUUCCCUUUACAGUGAUGCAUCCAGCCAAGUAAAACAAAACCAUGAAACUUGCACAGAUGAUAACCGAUGUAAAUAAGCUAUUUUGUCAUUUUAAACCAAAUCUUAAUCCAAGACCUCAUUUAGCGCUCUUCAUAACAUGAUUCCCCAUAAAUAUGCAAGCAUUUCAGCUUUUGUGAUUUUUACUUUCAAUGCUGAAAUCUAUAAAGACCUUGUUAUCUUUAUUUGGUGAGAUUUUAAAUGAGCUUUGAAAAAACAUUAGAGAAGAUUUUAUAGCAGAACUUAACCAUACGGCUCUAGUUUUAUAGAGCUUUUAUUGAAUGAUUGUAGAGUUUGAUCAGGUGCCUGGAAUUUCUCCUUUUCUUUGGUUUGUUUUUGUGUUGUUGGACAUUAAGUUUGCAUGGCUGCCUACAGAGCGAGCGGUCAUUUGACACAGACAGACAGACAGACAGGCGUCUCAUAUCAUUACGCUGGUUUGGCUCUUGACAGUAUUUGCCGUUUGUCACUUUAGACAGUAAAUCAGUAUUUGUCCCUGAAGUAAAAGAGAAACGUGCUCAUAAAGUCAGUUGUGCACACUUAUCUCUGUGGCCUUUGACUGUCACUUCUACAGGGGAGGAAAACUGUGUACAUAACUAUCUUUCAUAUUAAAAUAUAUGAAUUCAAA